AUGAAUGGAUAUUGGAUGUCGAAACCGAAUAAGGAUCAAUGGAAAAAUAUUGCAGAACGUUAUGAAUUAUUGUGGAAUCUCCCUAACUGUAUAGGCAGUAUAGAUGGAAAACAUAUUCGUAUAGAGAAAUUACCGAAUACAGGUUCCAGUAAUUUCAAUUAUAAAGCCUACCAUUCCAUAGUAUUAUUGGGGUGUUGUGAUGCUGAUGGACUUUUUACAAUGGUCGAAACCGGAUAUGCCGGUAGGAACAGUGACGGUGGAAUAUUUCGGGCUUCAGCAAUGAAAUAUCAUAUAACUCACUCACAACUUGAUAUUCCACCACCUUCAAAGCUACCUUAUGAUACUAACAACUGUAAAUUUCCUUACUAUUUUGUAGCAGACGAGGCGUUUCCAUUAUCAAAAUUUCUAAUGAGACCCUACCCCAGACGGACUCUAGACAACAUUAGAAGAGUAUUUAACUACCGAUUGAGCCGAGGAAGAAAAACUAUUGAGUGCACAUUUGGAAUGAUGACGGAAAAAUUUCAAGUGCUGAGUACCGCCAUUCGUUGCCGAGAUGUUGAUAAAGUCAAUAAUAUC